AUGUCCGAAUCAAAUCUCACACCUUCCUCCCUUCAUCCAACUCUCACGCAAUCGGACAACAUUCCACCUCACAGAAAUGAAUAUACCCCAGCUGAAAAUUUAGCCACAUCCUUGCCAGAACCCCAAGCGGUGAAGGGCUCUGCGCCAUUUAGUGAUUCCGCCUUCGCUGGUGAAUCCGUGUUCCACGGGCCCUCGAAACCGCUGCUGCCCUUGAACACAACAAAGAAUCCUCCACAAAACCACAAUGAAGAACUUACGCCUCCUGCAACUGCCUUAGAAGAAAAAGCUCCACCGGUCGAGCCGACUGCCACCGACGGGAAUUUGGCACCGUUUCUCCAAGCCCCAAAGUCGUUCAAGAACCACCGCAAUACCGCACUAUCCGUGGACUCCAUACCCAAACAGACAAUCAUGAAGGCACUAGCCUCCUCUGCUCGAAGCACAAACCCAGAUGCCCCGAUGGUAUCUUCCCUAUCGGGCAUACUCGCAGCACAGAACGCGAGGGACAGCAGGCCUGGCACAUCCUCGUCACAGAAGCUCUCGGCAGCACUAUCCGAGCUCGCUUCAAACGCUGCGAAGUGUGGUAGUACACCGGCAACCGCCCGGUUUCCCGCAUUGCAGUCACCGUGCUUCUACCACCAGCGCUUCGACGAUGCCGUGAACAUCGACAGGGUUCUCGAGGAGAUCAGCGGUGACGAGUACAUGACACACUCGCGCCUGAUGCAGACAGCCACGGGUGUGCGCGAGGUCUCAAAACAGCUACAACGACGCCCAAUCAAACGUGCUGUCCGCAACGUCAUGAUUGUGACGAAAGCAAGGGAUAACCAGCUCGUCACCCUGACCAGGAACCUGGCGGAGUGGCUCCUCAGCACACCACGCUACGGAUCAGAUCUCGGCGUGAACGUGUACGUCGACGCGAAACUGCGCGACUCUAAGCGCUUCAACGGCGCGGGACUGAUCGUAGGAGAGUCGCGUUUCCAGCACAUGCUUAAAUACUGGUCACCAGAUCUCUGCUGGAGCCAACCGGAGAAGUUCGACUUAGUACUGACGCUUGGCGGCGAUGGCACCGUGCUAUUCACCUCAUGGCUCUUUCAGCGCAUUGUUCCCCCUAUUUUGUCCUUCAGCCUCGGUAGCCUCGGCUUCCUGACCAACUUUGAGUUCGACCGGUACAAGUCUCACCUCAACAGGGUGAUGGGUGACGAGGGCAUGCGCGUUAACCUGCGCAUGCGCUUCACGUGCACGGUGUACCGCGACGGCGCGAAUGGUCAGGAUAUGGAGGAGGGCGAGCAGUUCGAGGUCCUCAACGAACUGGUCAUCGACCGCGGACCAUCGCCAUAUGUAUCGAACCUCGAGCUGUAUGGCGACAACGAGCUCCUCACUGUUGUCCAAGCUGACGGCUGCAUCUUCUCUACUCCUACUGGAUCAACGGCCUACUCCCUCUCCGCUGGCGGCUCUCUAGUCCACCCCGACAUCCCCGCCAUCCUUCUCACCCCCAUCUGCCCACAUACGCUCUCCUUCCGCCCCAUGGUCCUCUCCGACAGCCUCCUCCUCCGCGUCUCCAUCCCCAAGAACUCGCGCGCAACAGCCUACUGCUCCUUCGACGGCAAGGGCCGCGUCGAGCUCACGCAGGGCGAUCACGUCACCAUCGCCGCCUCGCAGUACCCCUUCCCGACCGUGACGCGCACAGGCGCCGAGUGGUUCGACAGCGUGUCUCGCACGCUGCGGUGGAACACCCGCGGCGCGAUGCAGAAGGGGUGGAGCGGCGAGGAGGGGAAGGAGGGUGAGGAGGAGCAGGGAUGGGAUAUCGAUACCGAUUCGGGGUUCUAUGGUAGUGAGGGGGAUAGCAGCACGGCGAGCCCGUUGAGGAGGCAGAUGAGCUUGUUGGGGAUGUGAGGGAAUGACGGGUAUGGGAUUGGAUGGGACGAUGUUAGAAAUCUAGAGGGGUCCUCGGGCACGCUCGUUAGGACAUUGUUGGGCGUUUUGGCGGGUCUAUGGGGACUUAUUGCCGUUUAUAUCGCCGCGGGGACAGAUCUCGCUGGUUAGAUGAUUCGAUAUGAAUGUAUAUGAUGGCUAGGACCGGAAACGGCGCCAGUCUCGAGCGAGGCUGGAGCGAGCUGGUCUCCACUGUCAGUUUUUCUGAUCAGUACUACUGUUCACGAUGAUAAUUGUGUGUGUGUUGUGAAUAUGCUCGCUUCGAAUUUUAAAAGGGGCAAGGGGUAACCACCCCCAUUAUCGAUAUAUAGGGCUCAGGAGUCUACAUCACAUCACAUCCGACCAUAGACUCGAGAGAAUUGGGCAUCCCGUCCGCUCUGCCAUACACAAGCUUGCGUACCCUCUGGAUAAUAGUCUCAAUCGUGCCACCAGGCAUAGCGCGGAAUCGAGGCCCCUUGCUGCCUGAAGGGUGAGGCGAGGGGUGAGCGAGGGUGAGCUAGGUGAGCAGUGUUCCGGUCCCUACGGACUGACCUAACUACUAGUAAUACGGACUGAGGGUAGUCCCUACGGACUGGAUCCACUAAUAAUACGGACUGGUCGGUAUUACGGACUGAAUUAUUGUCAUAGUUGCACUACUCGUGCGGCCCAAAAGUCUGUACAGGGUCUGUGCACGGGAGGUGGGUCAUUGUAAGUACUUUCGAAAAAUAAAUACAUAGAAAUGUACAUAAUCUACCCACGAAAAUUGUUACCUCCAUUUACUGCAAUACACCGCUCUAACUUAUCCCUGAACGACGCACAUAGUUGAGCAGUUUUCCUCCCCCAUUCUUCCUCAAGAAAUACCCUUGCAUGAGCUUUCUCAAGCUUACCUCCAUUUAAAGGUAUAUAUUCAUCAACUCAAUCUUUCAGAUAAUCAAAAGCAUUCUUGUAAUGGUGGGUGCACCAGAUGUGAGAAUCUAGCCACCCAAGGAAGGGAUGAUUUUACCAAGACAACACACUGUCUUAGGAAAAAGAGCCAAAGGGUCGUAGCUUAGACUAUUCCACAACGCAGCAAUCAGGUGUAUGAUAUAGUGGAGUGGUUCAGACAAGUUGCAACAAAUGUUGAGUCUGGGAACUCAGGGGUAAGUCAGAGGUUAACACCUCACUGACUUUUCAGAAACAAGGAGUAACAAGAUGAAUGCUUGGAAGCUUGUAAAAGACGUGGAAGUAUGUGAUAGUCAAUUUACUGUAUUG